AAACGUUUAGUAAUACUAAAUAAUUUCUCUAGUUACAACAGCCAAUACAUAUUCCAUUGGCAUAACAAGCAAGGAAGGAAAAGGCAAUAUUUUCUAAUAAAACUUUAGAGUGUUGUGUCUAAAAACGUUCGUAAACACAAUACUAGAUCGGGCAUCGCGUGAGCUCAAAGUGCCACUGAGGCUUUUUUCCCUUUACUGCUUUACCGCAUCCUGGACACCUUUACUCCAUCCACGCGAGGUGUAAUUGGCUGUAAACGAGGCACGCCAGCAGGCCACUGUCGGAUCUGGCCGCGGGUGGCCGCAGCACACAGUCUCAUAGAGGUGGCCGUGGGCUGCACCUCGGCAGCCAACUGUGGCAUGAACGUGUCAUAUAGUGUUUACUUGACGGCUAGAACUUCGGUGAUCCAACAUGCCAUUCUUGCUCGUGCCCCUGAUACUUAUGUGCCAGGUAGGCAUCCAAGGAAAAGUAAUGAACACUGUGAUUGGCCCUUACGUCACAUAUGGCGAACGUUUUUACACAUGUGAACCAGACAACCGCUUGCUUCCCUGGACAUUGCGUUUGCGUGGUUCUCACUUCAACCCCCAGAAACCAAAAGAGGCACAACUCAUAACAGGCAAUGUGACGGCUGUAAAUGAAACAUUUGAUGACAGCUGCUGGAUAAAAGUAAUUUUAGAUCUUCGGUCAAACAAUCAAUGGAAAGAAAACAACUUUGUCUUUUCUUUUAGAAGAAAUGCAUGUCAUGCUCUUAGAUCGAACAUCCCUAAAUUUUACGAGCAUAUUUUUAAGAAGAGAGCAGACGAUAAAGGCGCAUGCAUAUUGAAACCUGGAGUUUACGCGGUCAAUAACACCCCCAUCGACUGGUCUUUUCCAAAUGUCCCAAUCUUUCCUUAUGGACAAUAUAGGUUCAGAAUGACGUUUGGCAGAGGUGAAGACCUAUUCGCAUGCUGGGUGGCAGAGACUAAAUGUCUUCCGAAACCAGACUAGAACGACAAUGUACCGGGGCGGAUGCUGCAGUGUUGUUCGCGUACAAAGCGCGGCCUAAGAGAAUUGCACAGUAUCUCGCAGCCUUACCGCGCGGAGUCCAAAUAUAUAAUUGAAACUAGACAUGAAAA